GAAUCUCCGGUUCCCCCCUGCGCUCAGAGCUCGUUCCUGCGCGUCAUGGCGGCUCAGACCCGAGCUGUGGUGUCCGGCCAGUGGCUGGCAGAGGCUAUCAGGUGUAACCUCGUCGCCUGCACAGAUACRCUGCCCGGCCAUUUCCCUGGUGCGAUCAACAUGCCCUUCACUACUUUCAUGGAUGCCAAUGGAAAGGAGCUGGAGACCGARGGCCUGUCCAAACUGUUCAGAGAGGCAGGGGUGGACCUGGAGAAACCACUGUGGACCACCUGUACUGCUGGUGUCACCGCGUGUCACGUUGUCCUGGCUGCUCACCUGCUGGGCCACCCUGGAGUGUGUGUCUACGACGGCUCCUGGUCUGAAUGGUUUAAGAAGGCAAGUCCGGAGCAUAUCAUCUCAGAGGGAGAAGGAAAGAARGUCUAAACAAACAAAAUUGGACAGACAGCAYGUGAAGAUGUUUUUACAAGUGAAAGCUGUUUGUCUGCUGUGACAGAUCAAGACCACUAUACUGUGCUUUUAGAAGCAUGUUCAUGUUGAGCUUGUUAUCUGCUCACUCACAUAACUUACAUAACAUGGCAGUAGCAGGUUUUGUCAGCUCACAGAGCUGAUUGAUCUCCUAAAAUCUCCUAUGCAUUAUGCAAAUAAUUAAAGUUUUAAUUUUGAACCUUGCAUAAUUCAGAACAAUCUAAAACUAUCCUGAACUAGUCUGUAGUUGUUUGUUGAAUGGUCCAAGAUAUUUUUGAAAAUCUUUGAUGACAGGAGAGGACUGACUCUUAAAUAUGCACUUUCUUUAUAGAAUCAUAGAUUGAUGUUGUAUUCUUAUAAAAAAUUCAAUAAAUGGUUUCCUGAG